UGGGCAAUGCGUAUACAACGGAUCUAGCGAGAACACGAUCCCCUAUCUCGCGUCCGUGGGUCUGCAGUGUCCCAUGUACCACAACCCAGCCGACUACAUACUAGAAGUCGCGAACAAAGAAUACGGCGAUUUCACGGACGUUCUCGCUAAGAAAAACGCCCAACAAGACUGGACAGAAAAAGCCCCGCAGCCUAUUUCCCCAGAUCAUAGCAAUGAAAAAGACAUUGGUUUAGUGAAAGAAGACCACGGUUACCGUUGCGGAAAGAUCUCUAUCGUCGUCCAACCACCUAACGAGCUUUACAAAUUUCAAGUGCUAAUCAAAAGGUGCCUUAUACAGCAAUAUAGAGACUGGACAGUAUCUCACCUAAAAGUAUUAUUGCACAUCAUGAUCGGAGUACUGCUUGGCGUAUUCUUCGAGAACGCCGGCAACGACGGGUCGAAGACCCUCAGCAACAUGGGCUUCUACAUAAUCUCCCUCGCUUACCUUUGCUAUACGUCACUCAUGCCUGCCGUGCUACGGUUUCCCGCCGAGUUGCCUGUAUUGAAGAAAGAAAAUUUCAAUAACUGGUACAAUCUUGGUACGUACUACGCCGCUGCUUUGCUCACUGGCAUACCCGUACAAAUAUGGUACAGCUUCGUCUACUCGGCUCCAUCGUACUUCUUGUCAGGGCAACCGCAGGAGUUCUCCCGCUUCGGCAUGUUUGUGCUGGUGCUGGCCCAUGUCACUGUGUUGGCUGACGCAAUAGGAAACAUUAUUGGCACUUUAGUUAAUCCUAUUAACGGCACAUUCUUUGGCGCCAUAACGACAUGCGCGAUGAUCGCUUUCGCCGGGUUCCUAGUGCUGUUCUCUCACAUGAACAAAAUCAUGAGAACCAUUUCUUUCCUCUCCUUCCUACGGUAUUGCUUCGAGGCCAUCGUGCUGGCAGUUUACUCCGAACGACAGCCGUUGCAAUGCCCUGAAACGAAGACAUAUUGUCACUAUAAGUGGAAGCUAAUCUUCGUAUGUCUAGUUUUAAUAGAAACUGCAUAUCUAUCAGAAGUCACAUACUAUGAGAUAUUAGGAGUGACAAAGCAUGCGACUGCCCAGGAAAUUAGACAGGCUUAUAAAAAAUUGGCUAUCAAACUUCAUCCUGAUAAAAAUCCUGAUGCAACAGAGCAAGAAAAAUUUUUAAAACUCACAGAAGCCUACGAAACACUUAAGGAUCCUGACAAGAGACAUUAUUAUGAUGCGUAUGGCAGCUACCCAUCAUACACUAGGAAGUAUAACUACCAAACUCAAGCAGAAUAUAAUAAUAUAUAUUAUAAUGGAUUGUAUCAUAACGACCCUUUUGUGGACACAUUGAGCGGACAAAAUUUUUAUGAUUAUUUACAAGAAGGCUUCCACUUCAUAAAUUUCUAUUCUCCAUUUUGUCCACCAUGUCAAAAUGUAGCGGAUCAUUGGAAGAAAGUUGCAGAAGUCUACAAGGGAAUUGUCAAAGUAGGUGCAGUGAACUGUGUAUAUCAUAAUUCUUUUUGCUAUUACUCAAUGAGGAUUGGGAGUUACCCUACACUGCUAUUCUACCCUAAUGGGAAGAAAGGCAGCUUUGUCUACUACAGCGGCGACCGUGUCUUCGAGGCUUUAGAUCAAUUUAUAAUGAAGUACCUUAAAAACCAUAUACAUAUACCUACAGUCGCGCAGAAAUUGAAUUCAAAUAAACCCAUAGCGUAUGUACUGGGAAGUAAUAGAAUUGAAAAUGAUGGACUUCAUAGAAUUGGAUAUCACUUGAAAGGUUUAGUACAUCUGGUGAUAGUAGAAGAUGACAAUCUUCGAUCCAAACUGACGAAGAAUGAAUACACCACAAUAGUAUUCAGCUACCCGAGGUUCCUACCAAUUGCCAAAGAAAUACAGAGCACUAAUGAGCAAGAAAUAAUAAAAGAGAUCGUAGAAGCAUUGCCAAAGGUCGACCACAUAGAUCCGGAUAAGUUGAAGAAAAUUAGAAACCAACUCCGUCGAAAUUUUGUGACUCCAUGGGUACUAUACUUGUCUACAAAAAAGAAGGAUGACGAUAGAUUGCUGUUGCAUAAAAUGAGUGCAACAUAUCCCGAUAUGUAUUUUGGUGAACUCGACUGUGAUAAAUGGGAACAACUAUGCAUAUCACUGCAAGUAGAGCAGGCUCCGGCGUGGGCGGUGUUGAAGUCUGGAGGAGCAUACCAACGGUUGCGGAGCGCGAGUGAUAUUCAGUUGGCAGCAGCAGCGGUGCGGCUGCACUCGCUGUCUGCUACUGAGCUGUUGAGGAUACUGGAUGGAGAUAUGGGCGUGUGGGUGCUGGUAGUAGUGCCAUACAUGUUGUCGUGGGACCACAUCGUCGAGCCAUUCACAAGAGCCAGCAUACAUUUCAACGACGCUGAUGACAAUAUCAGUUUCGGAAUAAUGACAUGCACGUCGGCGACGGACACACACUGCCGUCAAUUGGCUCCUAACCAGCCCUCCAUACUCGUACAACAUGGCCGCAAACGGUCCUUUUACAAUAGUCGGAUUUCUGAAGAGGAUCUCAUACAGUUCAUUGACCUUCUCAUGGAUAGUACAGAUAUGGAACUAAACGACCAGCAAAUCCUAGAAAUAAUGGAUCCAUCGAGCCGGGACCACACGUGGCUGGUGGCGUUCUUGCCCGCGCAAUGUGGGCAUCUGUGCGAUGUGCUGAUGCAUGAGUGGAGGAUAGUGGCUAGAAAGCUACGUCCGCUAGAGUUCAUUCGGGUAGGCGCGAUGCAGUGCGGGCGCCAAAGCAGCGGGUUCUGUACCAACGUACGCUCACCCACCGCGCGCUUGUACCUGCUUGGCUCUGGACAACACUACACAGUAAGCCUGCAACACCUGCAACAAGCACCUUACAUGUUGGAGUGGGCGCUGGAAUAUAUCGACGACUCCGUCACUAAACUCAAUUGGAACUCAUUCAGCAAACAUGUUAUCGCUGAAGAGUUACACCCAAAGAGUGAUAAGAAACCUUGGCUGGUGUACUUCCAUUCUCCCAGAUGUUACCGAUGCUAUGAAAUGUAUGCGGACUUCGCUAUAGUAGGCAUUUUACUAAACAAUGCAAUCCAUCUGGGCAAAGUGAACUGUGUGAACGAGCGUGGUCUGUGCCAACACGAACAAAUCACAAAUUAUCCAUCCCUCAAACUAUAUUUAGGCAGAAACAAGCACCAUUCAUUCAGUAGCGUUAUACCUAUCCCUGUUACAAACUACGCAAGUUUAUUGCAAGACAUCAAACCGCAUUUGAGAAAGUAUGACGAGAACUUGUUAGCUGGUAUUGAUGUGGACGUUAGGCAGGGAGUGCAUAUGAAACAUGAUGAGUUUUAAAGUGUUUUUAUUAUAUAGAAACUAUAGCAAGAUUAUUUUUUCGCUGCAGACUCUGCCAUAAAGUAUCGGAGCGAGACAACGAUAUUGUACUCUUUCUCCCACUUAUCGGUAGAGGACGGGUAGGUACGGGCCUUUUAUCUUAGCGCAGGGCUGUGCAUUACUCCAUUCGAUAAAUGCUAUCGAUAUAGAUGAUGUUUCAUUCUGUUUUAAUAGUGAAAGUAGGAACCAGGGUUGUUGCGAAUAUCGGCAUCCGCAUCAGCAUCCACAGAUAAUCGGCAUCAAUUAAUUAUCCGCAUUCAUCGAUGCUGAUAUUCAUAGCGGAUGUUCGAGUCGUGACAUGACCUAAAAGGCAUGUUGGAAUAAUUUACAAACCUUCGAGAAACAGACUGUAAGCCGAAAAAGCAGUUCAGCUGUUGUUUUUAAAACUUUGACAAAAUUCCACAACAAGCAGAUUGAUUGUGGUCAUGCAGAUUGAUUCUUUUGUUAACAAAGUCACAAAAUCAUUGAAGUAAUAUUUUAUUACAGUAUCAAAGAAAAUAGACAGCUUUCACCAUUUUACAUGUAGAUAGAUUCAGUAAGUUAACAUUAAGUUUCUUUUUAGUAACGUAAAAUAUCCGCUGAUGUGUAAAGAACCUGCAUCAGCAACAACCCUAGUAGGAACCCAAAUAAAAAAAUAUUUAAUUGUUAAAUAAACAAUAUACAAUAUUAAAAACUUGAAACUAUUAAAAAUACGAAGGCUUGCAAUAAUUUCGUAAUUUUACGGAAUCUUUAAUCUCAGCCAAAAAUUGUAACAUGGUAUUCAAAGGUUUUUAGGUUGCGAUAUUUAAACAAUAGUAGAUAAUAAAUUACCCAAAACUGAGUAAGUGGGAUAGAGAGCGCAAUAUCGCAGUCCGGCUCUGAUGAUUUAUGACCGAAUCUACAGCAACUAAAUAAUCUUACGAGAGUCUGUUCCAAUCCAUUUUGAACAAAAAGUAAAUUAAAAUUCUAAAUAGUCACUCAAUAAAUCGAAUAAGUAACACUUUCCACGAAUAUUUCGGCUUGAUAAUAUCAUCACUUUUCCAACAAUAUUCAUUUGAAUAGCAUCGUAAAAUCGUAUUUGAAAAAGUGAGGUAUUAUUCAUCUAUAGUAGUCCAAAAGUGAGGUUAUUAUUCAUCUAUAUUCUAUUUCUUGC